AUGGACUACAUGAAUGGGCCAGGCCGGAACCACCUGUUCGUCCCUGGGCCGGUGAACAUUCCGGACCAGGUGAUCCGCGCCAUGAGCCGGCAGAACGAGGACUACCGCUCGCCGGCGAUCCCUGCCCUCACCAAGACCCUCCUGGAGGACGUGAAGAAGAUCUUCAAGACCACCACCGGCACCCCCUUCCUCUUCCCCACCACCGGCACCGGCGCCUGGGAGAGCGCGCUCACCAACACGCUCUCCCCGGGGGACCGGAUCGUGUCCUUCUCGCUGGGGCAGUUCAGCCUGCUGUGGAUCGACCAGCAGCAGCGCCUCGGGUUCAGCGUGGACGUGGUGGAGUCCGACUGGGGCUACGGCGCCGACCUCGGCGUCCUCGAGUCCAAGCUCCGCAGUGACUCGCAGCACACCAUCAAGGCCAUCUGCAUCGUCCACAACGAGACCGCCACCGGCGUCACCAACGACCUCCACGCCGUCCGCAAGCUCCUCGGUCCGUUACCGGCACCCGGCGCUGCUGCUGGUGGACGGGGUGUCGUCCAUCUGCGCGCUGGACUUCCGCAUGGACGAGUGGGGCGUGGACGUGGCCCUGACGGGGUCGCAGAAGGCGCUGUCGCUGCCGACGGGGCUGGGCAUCGUGUGCGCCAGCCCCAAGGCGCUGGAGGCGGCCAAGACGGCCAAGUCGGUGCGCGUCUUCUUCGACUGGAAGGACUACCUCAAGUUCUACAAGAUGGGCACCUACUGGCCCUACACGCCCUCCAUCCAGCUCCUCUACGGCCUCCGCGCCGGCCUCGACCUCCUCUUCGAGGAGGGCCUCGACAACGUCAUCAAGAGGCACACACGCCUCGGCACCGCAACAAGGCUGGCGGUGGCGGCGUGGGGACUCAAGAACUGCACCGCGAAGGAGGAGAACUUCAGCGACACGGUCACCGCCGUCGUGGUACCGCCGUACAUCGACAGCUCCGAGAUCGUCAAGCACGCGUGGAAGCGGUACAACCUCAGCCUCGGGCUCGGGCUGAACAAGGUCGCCGGCAAGGUCUUCAGGAUUGGACACCUGGGCCACCUCAACGAGCCUCAGCGGGGUGGAGAUGGUGCUCAAGGACAUCGGGUACCCGGUGA